UUUUCCUUAAAAAACAAGUUAAUUAAAAUAUGACUUCAUUAUUUUUUCUUUCAUUUCCAUUAUGUUUACUACUCAUCCUCCAUUGCACCACCACCACCACCACCCUUUCCCAAACCACCGCCCUGCCUCCGGCACCACCAGGACCGACCAACAUUACCAAAAUAUUGGAAAAAGCCGGCCAAUACACAAUCCUUCUCCGUCUCUUUCGUAUGACACAAAUUGGAGACCAAAUCAACACCCAACUCAACAAUUCUGACCAAGGCAUGACUGUUUUUGCACCCACUGAUAACGCAUUCUCUGGCCUCAAAUCCGGCUCCUUGAACUCUCUUUCGGAUCAAGAAAAGGUCGAGUUAAUACAAUUUCAUGUCGUCCCAACCUUCCUAUCCACCUCACAGUUUCAAACAAUUAGUAAUCCUUUGAGAACACAAGCAGGAGACACUACCCAUUACAUGUUUCCCUUAAACAUAACCACCUCUGGCAACCAGGUGAAUAUAUCCACGGGUGUCAUUGAUACCACGGUGGCAAAUACGAUCUACACGGAUGGUUCACUAGCGGUGUAUCAAGUGGACAAGGUAUUGUUACCAAUGAGAAUGUUCGGUCCACCAGCUCCCGCCCCAACUCCACAACCAGAGAAGAAGAACAAGAAUUCGAAAGCCAAUGAUACCCUGGCCGAUGACAAUGGCAUUGCUAGUGUCAACGCCUCGGGUGUAGCUAGUUUUAGUCAGCAUGUGCAUGGCUUCAUUUUGGGUCUUAUUGAAGCGAUUGCCUUCAUUGGGAUGCUUUGUUUGUGACGUUAAAUGGCCUAUAUAUAUAUAUAUAUACUGAUAUAUAUAGAUAUGGUGCCUUGUCGGAUUACCAAAUGGGUCCUAUGUGUUUUCUAUUCUCAUUAUGUUUUAAGAGAUUUGUGUUUUAUACGGUGAGGAUCGUAUCAUGUAUGUGUAGUCCUUUGAAUUGAAUGAAAGUUUUGCAACCUAUGUUAUCCCACCA